AACUGCCUAACUGCAGGAGCACGGGUUGGCCCUAUUUGAAAAGAAAGGAGUGUGAGAGCGAGUUAGUUUGUCGUUUGUUCAGUGGUUCAUAUUGAGCGGCUCACAUAUUUACAUAUGUAGAUUGUCCAAUGGUCGUAUUACACUACAUUUUUACACUAAUCUAGUCUAAGUGUUGGUAACUGUUUCCCCAGGCCAAAUAAGACGCCGUGAUUGUGUACUGAAAAUUAGAAAGUCAUUGAAGUAGUCAUCUGGCCAAGGACAAAGCGACGAGAAGGAAAUAAAUUUCUCCAUUUUUUGCUGCAAACCGGCCGUCAACCAGACUAGACUUUUAGAGCUUUUAAAUCGUUUCUCUUGCUGUCCUGCUUGUCCCUUCAAUCGUUGGAGACGUUAUGCCUGAACGUCUCAAGCGAUUGCAAGGGCAAGCCGGACACCACGACAAACGGUCUGAAGGCUAUAAUGUCUGCCCUGGUUGAAUGGUUGGUGGGAAAGGCAAAUCAUCGAUUGCCACUGACUCCUCAGGCAGCGUCUAACGCUAUUUAUCAGAGCAAGCCAGGUCCGUCGCUUGGUUCACACAAAUGGCAUGUCCUGACGGCAGUUGUGUUGCCUGGAAGCUUCUGGAACAUAUGUAUUCACCCGUACACUGUAAUGAGACGCCAGAUGGCCUGGAAGAAUCUAGAAAUCCAAGCAGAACCUGCAACGAGCAGCAAUAUCCUUGACCAUGCUGGUCUCCUGAACGCUGCCUUUCCCGAGGACUGUUUUGCCAUGAGGUUCCGCAGCAAGCCACUGCACCGCUCGACAAAAUGAAGUACAACACAGCCAGAACAAAGCAUCUAAUUAGGUUUAUGCCAUCCACCAGUCAUGUUUACCAGUGUAUGGAAGCGCCUUAACGCUGCCUUGUAUCGGAAUAUCACAUUUGAGGCUGCAAUAAACUAAAGAAGAGUCGAGUAUUUGUAAUCUGAUUGCGUUUCCGUUCGAAAAGAACACCCA